AAAAAAGCCUAUAUAAUUAAAUUUUUUCUUGGGCUUUUAUUUUACCAGGUGAUGAUAUAAUCAUGUCAGAUGAGGAUGAUAUUGAGUCUCCAGUGUUAACUGAAGCAAGCUCCAUCCUUGAAGAUGGGAACUGUGAGCCAGCCAAGACUUCUGAGUCUGUUGACCAACGUGCCAAUCCAGAGAGUAAAUCAGAACCUGUAGCUUCCACUCGGAAAAGACCAGAGUCCAAACCUUCCAGUGACCUUGAGACUUCAGAAGUUCUCCCUGUUCAGGCAUCACAGGCUGCAGGCAAAGAGACAGUUUCUAAAGAUGUACCUCAGACUGGAUGGGGCUAUUGGGGCAGCUGGGGCAAGUCCUUACUCUCCUCAGCCUCAGCUACAGUAGCUACAGUAGGACAAGGUAUUUCAAAUGUCCUUGAGAAGGCAGAGACUUCCCUGGGAAUCCCUAGUCCCAGUGAAAUUUCAACUGAAGUCCAACGUGCAACAGGAGAGACAAAUGCCAAAGAGAAUGAAACUUCCUCCCCAAUGACUGGGCCCUUUGGUGUAUUCUCCACCAUCUCUACUGCUGUUCAGAGCACAGGAAAGAGUGUUAUCAGUGGAGGUUUGGAUGCCUUAGAAUUCAUUGGGAAAAAGACCAUGGAUGUAAUAGCAGAAGGGGAUCCUGGAUUUAAAAGAACCAAGGGUCUGAUGAACCGGAAUUCUACACUGUCUCAGGUUUUAAGAGAGGCGAAGGAGAAAGAAGAGCUAUGGACCUCCAAUGAGGUUACUGUGGAAACGGACAAGAAAGCUCAUUAUGGGCUACUCUUUGAUGAAUUUCAAGGCCUUUCACAUCUAGAAGCUCUAGAGAUGCUUUCCCGAGAAAGUGAAAUAAAGGUGAAAUCUGUCCUUAAUUCUCUAAGUGGAGAAGAAUUAGAGACUCUAAAACUUGAAUUGGAGCAGCUCAAAGAAGCAUUUUCCCUAGCAGAAUUCUGUGAGGAAGAGGAAGAAGAAAAAAAAGGAGAUGAAGACUUUACCAAAGAGAUAACAGAGCUAGUUUCCCAGCUAAAUGUCUCCUCCAAACCAGAGAAACUUGCCAGGGCAAGAAAUACAGCCUGUGAAUGGAUCAGGACAUCUCUGGCCCAGCCAUUAGAAGAGAAGGAAGAAGGAGAAAAACAGUUGGAGGCAGAAAAAACUGUACAUAUCAAUAAAAAUUCAAUAGAGGAUAUCCAUGCAUUUGCAAUCCGGAGCCUAGCAGAACUAACUGCCUACUCAAUUGAACUGUUUCACAAAACAGCGGCUCUGGUUCUGCAUGGCAGGAAGCAGGAAGUGACAGCCGUAGAAAGGAGCAGAACCCUUUCCCAGAUGACAGUUGUGUUGUGUAAAGAGUUGUCCUCCCUGUCUAAAGAGUUCACCACCUGCCUAACAACUGCUGGGGUCAAAGAGAAGGCAGAUGUCCUUAAUCCGUUAAUCACUGCAGUAUUUCUAGAGGCGUCAAACAGUGCUUCCUAUAUCCAAGAUGCCUUUCAGCUACUCUUACCUGUGCUGGAGAUUUCUCUCAUUGAGAACAAGACUGAAUUACCGGAGGCAUGAGCUGCAGGUCCAGAGGCCUUUGUCAGAACAGUGAACAACAGAGAAGAUUCAACCUGAGACUUGUGACGGCCAAGAAAUGCCACUCUCUUCUGGUACCCUUGCAGAAGUGAGGGAAAAGGGUUAUUUUAGUAUAUAAAAAUUCAGACAGGAGUGUAGGUUUAAAGGAAGUUCGUUGCCUUCAUUGCUUGGCUGAAAUAGUCAGGUCCUCACACUGCUUUUCCCAGUUGUUAUAAUUAAUAAAUUAUUUGAAAAGAAACUUUUAUAGAAAGUUCAAGAAUAAUAGCUCUAGAGAGAGGUUAGUGGGACACUCAGGCAGAAAUAUUGGUCUUUCUUUGAUAUGAUGCAAAACACUACAGGUUUGUAUGAUUUUGCAGCCCAUAGAUAUAAUUGGUUGUUAAGCAAGAGGAAAAAGAACUUUAUUUAGUAUUCUAGAAUUCACAUGCUUGAUCUAUUAAUGCCAUGUACUUUCUCCUUUCUAUAAUAAAAGCUAUGGCUUUAAGAAAACUGAGUAUAUGUAAACUCUGUAAUGAUUACCCUUUAUUACGUGAAUUCUUGGAAUUAGAAAGUUUCAUCUGCUGUUUAAUUCUCAAUAGAUAUUUGGCAUUGAGGAGGAACUUCUAGAAUUUACUUGUAACCACACGAAUUAACUAUAGCAAAGUGCCCUUUAGCUUCAGAUUACUCUCCCACCCCAAGAUGACAAGCUUCAAGUUGUAGUUGACCCCCAUUCAACUGGAUUCAAGACCAAUAAGUGCAAUUUAGAGAAAGAGUUUUAUGUUUGCAGAUAUUCUGAGACUUUCCAGGAUGUUUUUCCUGCAUACCCUAUGUGCAGGAUAAAUUCUGUAAUAGCCAACUCCAAAGGAGUGUUGAAGCUCUUUUAGUAAUGGCAUUGCUGUUUGAAUAUUGUCUAAGUGGACUAUAGAGUCCCAUAGAAAUGAUGUUCGUUUAUAAUAGGAUUUAACCUGUAAGACACAAUAUAUUUUUCCUCAUUCUUUUUUGUUUAGUUUGUUUUAAUUAUUCUUUAGCAUGUUUAUAAAUAUAACUUUUAUUCUUCAGAUCUUAAGCCUUCUUUUGCUCUCUUCAGCAAGUUAAGAGACUAAUAAGGUGUCAUCUUCCUAAAAGCUAUUUUGGUAUCCACUCUUUUUAAAAAAGUUCUCCAACUUUGUGCUUUUUAAUGAUUCAGGUAACUUUUGUGAGCUCAGCCACUCAUCUUCUAAAACGUUUAAAUAAAAUGUAAUAAU